GUCCAAGCCGGAGCAUCUGCUGCCCUGAACACCAUGGAGUGGACCCACUUUGCGCUGCUGCUGCUCCUGCUGCUGCCUGCCGCCUCUCCCCGAGAAAAUCGGAUCAUUGGGGGUACCGAGUGCCCAGAGUCGGAGCACCCCUGGCUGGUUCUCCUCUACUACUUUGACCAACACUACUGCUCCGGCACCCUGCUGAACCAAAACUGGGUUCUCACUGCCGCCCACUGCCAGCAGAGUCACAUCCAGGUGCGCCUGGGGGAGCACAGCCGUGGAACGAGCUCAGGGCAUGAGCAGUUCUCCGCCGCUCAGGAUAUCAUCCCCCACCCCGAGUUCCGUGCCCUCAGCGCCGGCAGCCGGGACUAUGAGAAUGACGUCAUGCUGCUCCGCCUGUCACCCCCGGCCAGCUACACUAACUACGUGCAGCCCCUGGCACUGACCGACAGCUGUCCCCUACAAGGGACCAAGUGCACCGUGAUGGGAUGGGGCACCAUCACCAGCCCCACCGAGACGUACCCUGAUGUUCCCCAGUGUGUGGAGGUUGAUAUUGUCUCCAACACCAUCUGCCAGGAUGCUUACCCCGAGAAAGUGACUGAGAACAUGCUCUGCGCUGGGGUGCUGGAGGGGGGCAAAGACUCCUGCCAGGGCGACUCCGGCGGCCCCCUGGUCUGUAACAGGAAGCUGCAGGGCGUGGUUUCCUGGGGAGAUCACCCCUGCGCCCAGCCCAACAAGCCUGGGGUCUACACCAGCAUCUGCAAAUACCUCGCCUGGAUCCAGGAGACCAUCGCGGGAAAACAUUGCCCUACAAUCGCUGGAACCAGCCCCACAGCCCAUUGCAGCAGCUCUGCCUGUGACACCAGCACCCCCCUGGUGGCCCUGCUGGGAUCUCCCACCCAGUCCGGGCCCCUCGUGCUGACGUGGAGUUUGCUGACAGGUGCUGCAGUGUCCGCCCAGGACGACGGGGACCGGAUCAUCGGCGGGUACAUGUGUCCCCGCUACUCCCAGCCCUGGCAGGCCUUCAUCUACGGCCCGCUGCAGUGUGGGGGCAUCCUGGUCGACAGGAGCUGGGUGCUAUCUGCCGCCCAUUGCUACAGACCCGGCCUGCGGGUGCGGCUCGGGGAGCACAACCUGGCGGUGCGGGAGGGGCCGGAGCAGGACCGAGUCGUGUCCGGCGCCAUCCUGCACCCCGGCUACAACCGCUUCACCCUGGACAACGACCUCAUGCUGCUCAAACUGGCGCAACCGAUCACCAUCGGCAUGACCGCCCGCCCCGUCACGCUGCCCACGGCCUGCGCGCCCACCGGGACCGCCUGCCUCAUCUCGGGCUGGGGCACCGUCACCACCCCCCAAGGUAGGGCCGGGGAGAACUCCCUGUGCUGCGGAAACGUCCAGAUCAUCUCUGCCCAGAGCUGUCGGGCUUCCUACCCCGGCCGGGUCACCACCAACAUGGUGUGCGCGGGCGUCAUGGGUGGGGGCAUCGACUCCUGCCAGGGUGACUCGGGUGGGCCUCUGCUCUGCGCUGGGCAGCUCCAGGGCAUCGUGUCCUGGGGGCUGCAAACCUGCGCCCAGUCCAACAGGCCUGGCGUCUACACCAAGGUCUGUAACUACGUAGCGUGGAUCCGCAGAGCCAUCCAGAUGAAUUGAGGACGGUGCCGGGGGGCAGA